CUGAACGGUCUACUGAUGAUACAUGUGACACUUUAUAUAGAUGCAAUUUUAUAGUUUACACCAAACAAACCAUUUCUUAUGAAGUCUGACUGUAAAAGGGUGAGCUUUCAUCUACCAAAUGCAUUUUCUAGCUCACUGGCUUAGUGUGGAAUGUUUUAAUUUCAAGACAAGUUUCAUGGUCUCCACAUAGCAAGCAUUCUCAGCACAGGCAUUCUCCCUACCCUUCUCUUGUGAACACCAGGUCCGAACUGCUUCAAUCUAAUUGCAAGAAAAGGAAGUCAAGGUCCAGGUCACCUGUUCGUCGUCAAAGUCAGGUGCUUUUGGUUUCUGCCCAUGCUGAGAAGAUGUGCUCACUUGUUGCCAUGUUGGGGCUAUCCCGGUCCAGCCACCGGGAAUCCAGGAGAGCGAAAGAGUUCGAAUUUGUUUCCACCUCAUUCGAUUUGAGUGUACGGUUGAAGGACAUUACUGUGAGGAUAAUUCAUGCAGGUGGGAAAGAAGAGCUGUAUCAAAAUCCAAUUCCAGCAUCACAACUAAUGAGGAAGUAUCCAGGAAUGUGUGUUGCUAGGCCUCAAGUCUUCAAAAAUCCCCAUGAUUCCAUUUUAAUGGCAGAAGAGAAGUUGUUACCUGGGCAAAAAUAUUACAUAAUCCCGUCUACUACUGUGCAGAAAUUGAAGAGUAAACGAUCACAGAAGGUAGAAGAAGCAAAAGAACCUGAUGUAGCUAAAGAAGCAGUUUUAGAUCACAAAGAAGUUGGGGAUAGAGGUGGAGAUGUUUCAGAGGAAUCUGUUUGUUCUGCAAAAGAAUUCUAUGUCUCUAAGGAAAAGUGGUCUAGAUGUAUACAGAAGAAAAGUCAAAAAGGAAAGCAGAAGUUUGUACCACCUAUACAAAAGCCAAGAAUUCUGAGAUUGGACUGGGAGCCGAGUCUAACUUCUGUGCAAGAGCUCUCUCCAUGACUUUCUCCUUUACAUGACAUUUGAUGGUUCUUAGUACUGCUAUGUAGCCACUAAAAGAAGCAGCAAGCAAAAUUUGCUGCAGUGAAUAAAUCUGCUCUGUACUCUAUAAUUCCUUUU